AUGGCUUAUGUUGUUGGGGAAGAGGGCAAGAAGAUGUUUAUCCUUCCAUUCGCAAAUGAGAAGGAGAAGUUAAAAGAGCCCCCUCAGCUUUAUAACUUCAUAGAGAAAUUGCAAUGGGAUGCCUUUGUAGGUUCAAGGUUAUCCCUAGAUUUUGAGGCUGUGCAUUCUGAGCAGUCACAGAGAAGGGAGAAAUGCGAGUACAACCAUAGGUUGUCUCAAAAAGGGUACGUUGGUUUGGAGGAUGAAUUGGAAGAAACCAUGCCCGGUGAAGAAAUCGAUCGAUCUCUGCUAUGGAAGAAGGCAAGAGAAGAUAAACAGGGAAACAUCCCUUAUCCAAAGGUUGCAGAGAAGGCAAAAUUAAUUGAUGAUUUGAAAAAACAAGUCUCCGAGGGCAUUCUGACUGUCUCUGGGAGCAACGAUGUUUUGACCUUGGCUUUGGGAACAUCUGAGCAUGGUGGGAGAGUAAGAGGUGUUGGAGCUGUGGUUUCUCCAACUCAAUUCUUCAAUUUGCCGAGACAACAGAGAGUAAAAUUUGCUGACAAAUUGAAGGAAAGUGUUAUGGAAGCAGUGAGAGAGGAAACCAAAAAGAUGGAGGCCAGGGAAAAGGAAAGUGUUAUGGAGGCAGUCAGAGCAGAGAGGGGAAUUUUGUUGAAACAAUUCAGUAAACUAAUUCCCAACUUUGAUCCUAACUUGCUCGGUAAAACUCCAACUACACCAAUUACUCCAGUUCUUCCAAUUCCUCAAGAGCAAAGCCCAAAAAAUCCAAUGUUUGAAAAAGCAAGCUGCUCUAAUGUGAGAGCCCUUGAAUUGGAUGAAGACAAUCCCACGAAUGAUGUUGAUGCUGAUGCUCCUGAAAACCAACGUCGGCGACGUUAUAACAUUUACACAAUCACUGUUAUGUAUUUACCGCCGUCUAUAACCUUUACCCCAGUAGAUCUCUCAAAGCUUGACAUGCCAGCUCCUCUGUUAGCCCUAUGCCAAUAUGUCGAGACCAAGUUGAAGCCUUCUAACGAGACCAUUAGAAUUCACAUGCCAGAGGAAAUGUUUGGCACAGAUCAUGAUACCUGGCUCUUGAGUGAAGACAUUUUACAGUUUGCUUCCAUGGUUGAGAUUGGAUCCACAGUGAUUGCAGUAUACAUGAGGUACCUAUUUGACUAUUUUAAAAUGGCAAAUAUGGUAAAUCUUGUUGGCCUUGUGGACCCUGGACAAGUCAGCUCUCAAUCUGGAACGUUAUCUCACCGUUCAAAACAUCUCUCAGAACGCCUGAAAAACGCAGAUGGGGAUCAAUUUUACUUGGUGCCUUAUAAUCCAGGGGGUCAUUGGGUGUUAAUAAUUGUGAGACCAGCUAAGGAGACUAUCUAUUACAUGGAUUCAUUGCCAAACCGCUCUGUUGACGAGGACAUUUCAAUCAAAAUGUAUAACUCUCACACAGGCCAACAAUCAUCACGUAAAUCACCCAUAUGGAAAAAUCUACAAGGCACUCCUAGACAACCAACAAAUGUAGAGUGUGGCUAUUACAUGAUGCGUUUCAUGAGAGAUAUAAUUCAUGAUCCAGGCCUAGCAUUGGAGAAGAAGGAAUGGGGAUGGAAGUAUUAG